AUGCUUCUAUUACACGAGAUAAGCUUAAAGCAAGGAACUGCUUUCACCAUCUUCACAGAAGCAGAGCUCAUUGAUGCAACAGACAAAUUUGACAACAGGAACAUCCUUGGCCGUGGUGGCCAUGGCACUGUCUAUAAGGGGAUGCUCAAGGAAGGCAGUCUAAUCGCAGUCAAACGGUGUGUAUCAAUGACCAGUGAGCAGCAAAAGAAGGAGUUCGGCAAAGAGAUGUCAAUCCUUUCCCAGAUCAAUCACAAGAACGUUGUUAAGCUACUGGGCUGCUGCCUCGAGGUAGAGGUUCCGAUGCUAGUCUAUGAGUUCAUCCCCAACGGCACACUAUUUCAGUUCAUCCAUGGUAGUAAUGGCUGCCACAACAUCCCCUUCUCAACUCGCUUACACAUUGCCCUCGAGUCUGCUGUAGCCUUAGCUUACCUACAUUCAUGGGCUUCACCUCCAAUCCUUCAUGGAGAUGUCAAAUCAUCCAAUAUACUCCUUGACGAGAACUAUGCAGCUAAGACGUGCCAGCUGACGGAUAAGAGUGAUGUCUACAGUUUCGGGGUCGUUCUCCUGGAGCUUCUCACUGGCAAGAAGGCACUCAACCUUGAAGGGCCUGAAAACGAGAUGAGCCUUUCACUGCGCUUCUUAUGUGCUAUGAAGGAAGGCAGACUCAUGGACAUCAUUGACGACUGCAUCAAGAAUGAGAACGACAUGGGGUUGCUUGAGGAGGUUGCGGAGCUUGCGAGUCGGUGCCUAGAGAUGGUUGGCGAGAGGCGGCCGGCAAUGAGAGAUGUGGCGAGAAGUUGGGACAGAGCUCAAGAAGGUCAUGCAAGCACCCAUGGGUGCCUGCGCAACAUCUUCUGA